CUCUCCCUCUCUACCUCAAUCUGUAUUUCCUCAGCUUUCAAUCUUUUUCCCCCGAUCUCAAACACAAUGAAUUCAGAUUCCCCUUCCCCUUCCCCUAUAUAUACAACAGCUAUUCAUAUCGCGAGCACAAGACUCACAUUCCCCAAAUUUCCCCCUCUCACCCCCCAAUCCCAUGCUCCUUCCAAUCACCAUCUUCCUCAUCGCAAUCCUCCUAAUUCCCCACUUCCCUUCCUUUUCCUGCUUCCUUCUUUAUUAUUCAAAUCAAGCUGCGAUCUUGAGUUUUCUUGAUCACAAUAGAGAGACAUGGAAUCGUCAGGGAAAUCAUUUGCUGAUGCAUUAAAGAUGGUGAUGGAGAGAUCCUCACCUGAGGAGUUGAUCAAGUGGAUCCCCUCGGAAGAAAGCGUUGCUGCACGAUUUGUUCCUUCGCUGAUGAUUCUAACAUUGAAUGCUCUCGCCGUAUGUCCCAACGAAAUCACGUCGCUCGAAAAUGUUCCAGAUAACCUCCGUCUAAGGCUGAUUAACAGAAUGUGCGAUAGAAGCACAAUGAACGCGGCUGUUUUGAGGCUUCUUGUGGAAAGAUCUCCAACUGAGAUACGCCUCAAGAAUUGCUCGUGGCUCACUCAAGAGCAGUUUCAUGACACAAUUGGGAACUGUGACACAACAAAGUUGCAGGUCAAUUUUAUCACUUCAUCGUCAGCAUUGUUGGUAGUGUGGCUGAAUUGAUUGUAACUAAUAGACAGAAUAGUGAUUAGAUUAGUUUGAGAGAUUGAUUUGUAUUGUGGUUUGGUUCUUGGUUGUUCUUGAGAGAGAGUGAGAGAGAUUGAUUUGUAUUGUGGUUUGGUUCUUGUGAAUGUAGAUCCUUCUGUGAUCGAACCAUGUAAUCUUUGGUUAAUCUUUGUAUCCUAACAAGCUUUGUGUUAAUGAUACUUCCAUCCUCAUCCUCAUCAUAUAUUCUCUUUAGGACUUAAUACGUCAUGAUUGUUACCUCUGCGGGUGUGGCUUGUGAUAGGUGAUGAAUUGAACAUACUACCUCUGUAAUUCAAGUGCUUACAUUAUGCCUCCUCUGGUAAUGCCAGAAACUUAGGGAGUAAUUCACCUAAAUACAGUUAUGGACUCUGGAAUAUGAUCACCAAUGGUUUAUGUAUAUCUACGCCUUACCAAUAUUGAAUUGAAAGAUAUGCUCGAUG